AAUUUAAAUAAAACAGUCACCCCUCUGCUGAAUGUGCGUUUACUUUCCUUUCCUAUACACUUAAAAUCUGCACGGAAUUCAUUUACCAUAAUUUAACAAUUAACCGUAAAUCAUGUCGGAAUCAAAUUCCCAAAAUGCACCGGAAACUCAAGUCAACGGCAACCUUCUCGCCGCCAAAUCUCUCGCACGUUACGGUGUUACCCACAUGUUCGGAGUGGUGGGGAUUCCCGUCACAUCCCUCGCAAACCGCGCCGUAUCCAUGGGCAUCCGUUUCAUAGCUUUUCAUAACGAGCAAUCCGCCGGCUAUGCCGCCUCCGCAUACGGUUACCUUACCGGUAAACCCGGAUUGCUUCUUACUGUGUCGGGUCCGGGUAGUGUUCAUGGGCUUGCUGGAUUAUCAAAUGCUAUGGUGAAUACGUGGCCGAUGGUUAUGAUUUCAGGUUCUUGUGAUCAGAACGACGUCGGCCGGGGAGACUUUCAGGAGCUUGAUCAGAUAGAGGCAGUGAAACCCUUCUCAAAGUUGUCUGUAAAAGCUAAAAAUGUUAAAGAUUUACCUAAUUGCGUCUUCCAAGUUCUUGAUCGGGCCGUUUCGGGGCGGCCUGGUGGGUGUUAUUUAGAUAUUCCUUCUGAUGUUCUGCACCAAACGGUUACAGAAUCAGAAGCUGAGAGCUUGUUGAGUGAUGCUGAUAAGUUAAUCGAGUCGAAAUCGACUCUGAAUGGAAGUGAGUUCACAAGUUCGGAACUUGAAAAGGCGGCCGAGUUGCUUAGAAGGGCAGAAAGGCCGUUAGUUGUGUUCGGGAAAGGCGCUGCUUAUGCGCGAGCGGAGAACGAGUUGAAGAAGCUUGUGGAAUUAACAGGUAUUCCCUUUUUACCUACUCCUAUGGGAAAAGGGUUAUUGCCUGAUAAUCAUGAACUUGCAGCUAGUGCAGCUAGGUCACUUGCUAUUGGUAAAUGUGAUGUUGCUAUUGUUGUUGGUGCUAGGCUUAAUUGGUUGCUUCAUUUUGGUGAGCCUCCUAAGUGGUCUAAGGAUGUUAAGUUUAUAUUAGUUGAUAUUAGUAAGGAUGAGAUUGAGUUAAGGAAACCGCAUCUUGGUUUAGUUGGAGAUGCUAAGAAGAUAUUGGAACUUUUAAAUAAGGAGAUUAAAGACGACCCAUUUUGUCUGGCGAAGAAUCAUCCUUGGGUUGAGGCAAUUUCGAAGAAAGUAAGGGAGAAUGUGUUAAAGGCAGAAGCUCAAUUGUCUAAGGAUGUUGUUCCAUUCAAUUUCUUGACCCCUAUGAGGAUUAUAAGGGAUGCAAUUGCUGGAGUGGGAAGUCCUGCUCCUGUAGUUGUUUCGGAGGGUGCUAAUACUAUGGAUGUUGGUAGAUCUGUCUUGGUUCAGACUGAGCCUAGGACUAGGUUGGAUGCUGGGACUUGGGGAACUAUGGGGGUUGGGUUGGGUUAUUGUAUUGCUGCUGCUGUAGCUGAGCCUACUAGGCUUGUGGUUGCAGUUGAAGGUGACUCUGGAUUUGGGUUCAGUGCCAUGGAAGUUGAGACAUUGGUUCGGUAUCAGUUGCCUGUGGUUGUCAUCGUUUUCAAUAAUGGUGGUGUAUAUGGUGGCGAUCGGAGAAGUCCUGAAGAACUAGCCGGUCCUUUUAAAGAUGAUCCAGCGCCAACAUCUUUUGUACCUGGGGCUGCUUAUCACGUUCUAAUUGAAGCAUUUGGUGGCAAAGGCUAUCUAGUUGCGACACCCGAUGAACUCAAGUCUGCCCUUUCUGAAUCAUUUUCUGCACGAAAACCCGCUGUAAUAAAUGUUAUUAUUGAUCCAUACGCCGGUUCAGAAAGUGGAAGGCUACAACACAAAAACUGAAGUGGGGUAAUUUCAGGUAUACAGUCACUCAACUUGUUCCUCAAUGUCAGCAGCAUAAAUUUUAGUUUGUAUCAACAAAAAUACUUAAUUUUUGUUUCAGUAUGUAUAUUGCUCGAGCGUGCUAGAAUACUUAUUAGCUUAUUAAAUGUUGGCUAAAUAUAUAGAAAACUCAAGUGGUCAUCAAAACAAAACACGAAAUGUUGGAUGAUUUUGUUGUUUCUGAUUAUCUUUUUUUUACUGCA